AUGAAUAUUGAAUUACUUUCAACAUUUCAACAAAAUUAUCCAGAAGAAUUUGAUGGCACACUCGAUUGUGCAUCGAUGGCUGUUUGUUGUGCUUUUAAUAAAAUUGGUUCAAUGUUAGCUGUCGGUUGUUCUGAUGGUCGUCUUGUUAUAUGGGAUUUUUUAACACGUGGUAUAGCAAAAAUAAUAUGUGCAGAUUGGUCACCUAUAUAUUCAAUAUCAUGGUCAAAAAAAUCCGAUUUAAUAGCAACAUCAUCAACAGAUAAUACUGUAUGUAUUUGGUAUACAACAACAGGUCGUUGUCAUAUACGUAUAUCAUGUAUACAAUCACCAAUACUUAAAAUUCAAUUUCAUCCACGUAAUUCAUUUUAUUUACUUAUAUGUCCAAUGAAACAUCCACCUGUAUUAAUUGAUAAUAAUGGUAAACAUACAAUAGUUACAAUUGAUGAUGAAUCAAAUGAUAUUAUAUCAACAUUUGAUAGAAAAGGUGAACAUAUUAUAUUAGGUAAUAAUCGUGGUUUAAUUAUUAUUAAAAAAUUUCCGGAUUUAAAAACAAUUUCAUCAUUUCGAAUUACAACUGGUACUAAUGCAAAUACAGUUUUAAGACAUAUUGAAAUACCUCGUCGUGGUCAAUAUUGUCUUAUUAAUACAAGUGAUCGAAUAAUUCGAAUUUAUAAUUAUACUGAAAUGUUAUCAUGUGGUAUUAUUCGUGAUCUUGAACCAAAACAAAAACUUCAAGAUUUAGUUAAUAAAUCAUUAUGGAGAAAAUGUUGUUGGUCAGGUGAUGGUGAAUAUAUAUGUGGUGCAUCAUCUCGUCAACAUUCAUUAUAUAUAUGGGAAACAAUAUCGGGUAAUUUAGUUAAAAUUUUACAUGGUACUAAAGGUGAAACAUUAUCUGAUGUAUGUUGGCAUCCUGUACGUCCAAUAAUAGCAAGUAUAUCAAGUGGUGUUGUAUCAAUAUGGUCAUAUUCUCAAGUUGAAAAUUGGUCAGCAUUUGCACCAGAUUUUCGUGAACUUGAAGAAAAUGUUGAAUAUCAUGAACGUGAAUCAGAAUUUGAUAUUAAAGAUGAAGAUCAUAGUUUAGAUAAUUCAGAUUAUAUAUAUUCACCUAAUAAACGACAACGUUUUGAUAUUAAUGGUAAUAUUAAAAAAUUUAAUAAUGAUGAUAUUGAAAUAGAUGUUGUUACUGAACAACGUAUUGAAGCAUUAGUAUCAAGUGAUGAUGAUGAUAUUAAUGAUCAACUUGUUUAUUUACCAUCAGCACCUGAUAUUGAAGAUCCAGAUAUUGAUAUAACAUUAUCAAUAACAAAAAAUCAAAUAUUAACACAAAAUUUUAUUGAAACUGAUCAAAAAUAUGAAAUACAAUUACAAAUACCACCUAUUUAUGAUACACAUCCAUAUUAUGGUGGAACAAAACAAACACGAUCAAUAGGAAAUAUACCAUUAAAUAAUCAUGAUAUUAAAAAACAUGGUAGACAUCGUCGUAAAGGAUAUUAUAAUAAUAAUAAUGAUCAACAAAAUAUUUUAUUACCAAAAUCAAUUGAUACAACUGUAGUUACAAUUACAAAUAAUUCAAAACGAUUUAUAUCAACGAAUGGUAAUUCAACAAUAGUAACACAAACAUCUGAAAAUAAAGGACAACGAGGACGUUCAGCACGUCUCGAAGGAAAAAAAACAACUACUAGUCAACAUAGAUCAUCAACAGAUAAUGAUAUAGAUUUUGUACCACAUUAG